AACGUCAAACAUGAAAAUCACCGGCGGUAUUAAUAAGAGAAAGGUAACUAUGAUACAGAUGCUGUGAUGGGAAGGAGUACUUAUAUUUGGGCGCCUUUGAUCUUCUCCCUUCUGAUCAUUGAGGGAGAAGGAUACUUGAUACAGUCCAAUCCCAAAUGUCGGCCAUUUUGCCGAUUACCGAAGGAAACAGAUGAAAGUUGCAGUGGCCUCAGAUUUAUUUUCUCGUGCAUCAGCAAUGUCUGGUUAAGAUGCACUUAUGCUGGAGAGCUUCACUGUUCAUGUGAGUGGUGGCAUGCAAUAAAUAAUGUGGAGAUGCCUGUAAAAGACUUGGAGACUGUGAAAAAGUCGACGAUUUUCGAGACGUGCCUUUCUAAUUUAAAGACUGACUGUGAAAUAUGGAAAAAUAAAUGGAAUCAUAUUCCCUGUGCCAAAAUUACAAAGCAAGAGAACCCGACGGACCCCAAUAAUCCUCAACUUCAGCUGAAACUGUCCGAGAUUCGCGCUGCCAUCAUGCGGAUACAGGACGAAGCCAAGCGGAGACAACUCCUGAUGAAUUUACACGCACUUGUUCAAAGAAAAGCUUGGUCACAGAAGUCGAUAGAUGACAGAUUUAUUACCACUGCUUCAACACCUGUACCUCAAGGAAAUACUACCUCAAAGACCUCUGUAAUUCAAAGGAAAGCAGCUCCACAUAUCACCAGCCAAGAGAAAAAAGACUCAACCUUAAACUACACAGUCAUUGAUUGGAUGGAUACUAUUGACGGAUGGCACAAAAAGAUUAUGUUCGAACACUGGGAAAGGGUGUCAGAGGCGGACAUUAUGGAGACCCUCCGUAGAAGACGAAUGUUCCUGUUGAUCUUCGGAAUCCUUCUGGGCUGUACCAUCUUUGUUAUUGUCAUGCUGUUUACAAUCAAGUAUCAAUCGGACAAAAAUGUACGGAAGGACAUCCGUUUUGACGGUGAUUUGGAUGCUAUGGGCAGGAAACCCGAGGAAUCACUGAGUUUCUUGGAUAAAAUUCGAAGAAAUAGGAAACAAAAAGAAAAAGAUGAGAAUCGACAAAGAUUUUACCAGAUGAGUUCUUUGGUGCUUUAUCCUGAGAAAUCAACAAAACCUAAGAAAGAAUACAGAAGAAAGCCACACAUAUCCAAAAGUUCAAGCAAUUUACAAAUAGAGAGUAAAGACAAUUUUAACCAAGAUUCCGUAGACCUUGUUUCAAAGAGCCAUGACCCCGUUACUGUGGACCUCAAACAGAGUUCCUCUAGUUUGGACCUUGGGGAUCGUUUGUUUCCUUCUGCUAUGAUGAGGAGUUUUGGGGCAGAAAUUAACAGUCCCUCGCCAACUAAAAAGUCAACAAGCAUAGAGACACCAAAGAAUACGACAGAACCUUCUACGUCAGCCACUGUGUGUAGUACGUCACCAGCAGAAAUUAUUCCUGUAAACGAGGUCAAAACCAUUAAAGUUGCCACAAAAUCUGUGACGUCAUCAAGUGAUUCCUCCACAUCAUCAACCACAACUUCCAGCAGUUAAAUCUAAUAGAAUACACAAUUUCAUUUACAUUAUUGAGUUCCACUAAAAUUUAUGUAUUUAAAAAAUUGAGAAAUUACAUAAAAUAAAUUUUUCAUCAGAUUUGAUGCAAUACUAUA